CGGCAGCGGCGGCGGCAGCUGCGGCACACCAUCCGCACUUCCCAUCGCUGGCGGCGGCGGCGGCCGCGGUCAAUACCGGCGGCGGUACCGGCGAUCAUCACCACCACCAUCAUCAUCCCCAUCAUCACCCGCACGCCACCGGAAUACCAAUCAGGAUGGACUGCGACUACUCGAAGCUGUUCUAUGCGAAACAUAGUGGACUGGGAGCCGGCACCAUUACGACAAGGUGGACACCGAUGGGUCCAGGGCCAACGGCUGGUUCGUUGGUCCCGGACGACACCAACGGGUCCGGGGUGGACAGCAAACACCUGGACGUCGGCGAUAUGAGCGAUGAUGAUCAGGACCUGUCGUCGGCCGAUGCCGAGGGAGUGUGGAGUCCGGACAUCGAGCAGAGCUUCCAGGAAGCGCUGGCCAUCUACCCACCCUGCGGCCGACGGAAAAUCAUCCUCUCCGAGGAGGGGAAGAUGUACGGACGCAAUGAACUGAUAGCCCGCUACAUUAAACUGCGAACCGGAAAGACGCGGACGCGGAAACAGGUCAGCUCACACAUACAGGUCCUAGCGAGACGGAAACUGCGUGAAUUCCAGGCCAAAAUGAAAGUGCAAUUCUGGCAACCCGGCCUACAGCCGAGCACAUCACAGGACGUGAAACCGUUCGCCCAGGCGGCGUACGGCCCCAUGGGCAAAACGGCCACGGCCGUCUCGGACAGUGGGCUUCAAGCGGCACAUCCCUGGGAGGGCCGAGCGAUAGCGACGCACAAGUUCCGCCUCGUCGAGUACAGCGCCUACCUGGAGAUGCGUGUUGAAGAUACUUACCACAAGCACUUGUUUGUACAUAUAGGCGAUCAGCCGGCCCACCCGCUACUGGAAUCGGUGGAGGUGAAGGAGAUCUACGACAAAUUCCCGCAGAAGGCCGGCGGCCUCAAGGAGCUGUACGAGAAGGGCCCCAGCAAUGCGUUCUUCCUGGUCAAGUUCUGGGCGGACCUGAACACGAACGUGGCGAACGAUGCCGGCGCGUUCUACGGCGUCAGUAGUCAUUACGAGAGCAACGACAACAUGGUGAUCACCUGCUCGACGAAGGUGUGCUCCUUCGGCAAGCAGGUCGUGGAAAAGGUCGAAACCGAGUACUCCCGCUUCGAGAACGGUCGGUACGUGUACCGGAUCAGCCGGUCGCCGAUGUGCGACUACAUGAUCAACUUCAUCAACAAGCUGAAGCACCUGCCCGAAAAGUACAUGAUGAACAGCGUGCUGGAGAACUUCACCAUCCUGCAGGUCAUCUCCAACAAGGAAACGGACGAGACCCUGCUCUGUGUGGCAUUUGUGUUCGAGGUGUCGACGUCGGAGCACGGCGCCCAGCACCACAUCUACCGCCUGGUGAAGGAAUAGCAUGAAAUCCACCAAUCCCAAACCCACACCGCCCACCAGCACCACCAGCAGCAACAGCCGCAUCAGCAGCCGCACGUUGACAGCAGCGGUAGUAGCCUAAUGUUAAGUAAUCUUAGUAGCAGUACUAACUACAAUAACGGUAACGAUAGUAACAAUAACAAUAAUGCUAGCAGUAAUCGUAACGAUAGCAGAGGAGCCGGGGUCACUGACCUGGUAGUAGGCGGUGACAGCGGCAGUGCGGCCAGUGCCGCUGCUGCCUUAUCGACCGUUGUUGACGAAUCGGCGGCGGCGGCGCUAGCGCUUGGCGUUGAUGCUCUGCAACAGCAACAACAACAACAGCAGCAGCAGUUGGUAGCUGCCGGGGGUGGUUCCACGACAACCGCCGAAUCCGAGCAGAGCUCGACCGUACUGGUGGACCCCCACGAGCACCACUACAACAGUCUGAUGGCCGCCGCUGCUGCAGCGGCAGCUGCCGUCGCCGCGCGCAACUCGGUAAAGCAGGAAUUCAUCGGCGGAGACGAUUUCAGCGCGGCAGCGGCAGUGGCGGCAGCGGCGGCUGCUGCUGCUGCCGUGUCGGCCGCAGCCACCGGCCCGACACCUGGCGGGGCCGAGUAGAAGGUGAGCGAUAGAGACAACCGUUCUGUAUAAACUAUUUUUAAGUGGAAGCCUCUACACUGUAUCCUGGACGACAAACUGUGUACUAUUUCGAGUAGUGUUUUUUAAAAAUUGAUUGUUUUUAGGGCAGCGUAGGAGAAAACGCAAACCCCCUUUCGUUUCGGUUCUUACUUUCUCUGCUAGUUUAGAAAGCAAAAAACAAAAGAAAACAAAAACGAAAACAAAAAUGAGAAACUAAAUUUUAAGACGAUGAAGAUGGAAAACAGUGCCUAUAUUACAACACAACUAAACUAAAGCAAAAAUGGAAAUGUGGAAACAUUAGAUACACUGAAACGAAAAUGAUGUCGUGAGAGGUGGCGCAAUCUGUGUGUAGAAAAAUGCUAAAUACUAUUCAAAACAACUUGAGCUUUCGUUUGUGAACCUUACAAACUUAAAAAUUUCGAAAUUUCUUUUCAAAUAUUUCUUAUUUUUGUUUGCAAUUUAGCUUCAAUUUUCCAUAUAUUUUUUUUCUCUCAGUGCAACCGAACAUUUGACAGGUCCGUUUGAGCAUUUGUUUACAGCUGCCAAACGAAGCUUCAUCCCAAGUAACAAUUUCAUUGCUGAUUAGUUUUGUUUGAUUUUUAUUAGGGUUUUAUUACAGCAAUAAUUAAAACUCGCAGUUUUAUGACUGCUUUUAUGAAAACCAUUGAUAAAAUGUUUUAUAGUAUACUUGACGAUAUCCAUAAAGACAGAUUUUAAGAGUAAACAAAACUUUCCGAUUUGCAAACCAUCUGGUAACCAUUAUUACCACAAUAAAACUUUAAAAACUCUCAACAGAUGGUGAUCCGCUCGAUUAGUAACGACAUCUGUUGGUGGAAAAGCAGAACUACGACAUUUCUAGGUUUAUUGCGGUCAUCAUAAAAGUAAACUUGCUUUCGUUUUAUUUUCGCUGAUUAUGGUUGUCGCCAUAUUGAAGAAUUAGCUAACGUGAAUGGGAAAUAGAUAAUUUUGCUCAAAUUAGCAAUGAAUUGAUAGUUUGCCACCAUUUCCACAACAUGCUCACAUAAAUAAACUCUCUCUGCUGAGUUUUCUUGUGAUUCGAGAUAGUUUUACUAAAUAAACAAAUUUAUUUAUUUCAUUCCAAGAUGAUAAUAUUCACUAUUUUUGAAGCGCAUUAAUUUUAUGAGUCUGCCACCCCAAUAUUCACGGUAAAAUUGAAUGCGCAUAAGCCUACCAACACAAUAACAACUGAAAUAUUACUUUGAAAUGACCGCUUCUACUUACGAAUGAUGUAUCGUCCUGAACUUUACGUGCCAUCGAAGAAGCUUCUCUGCAUCUUGAGCUGUCGUAGUUUUUGUUGAAAAAAAAAAACAACAACAAUCGAGAAUGGGAAUUUUUUCUACUAGGUUUUAAAACGGUUUUAUUGCUACUCUUAAUGCGGUUUGCAAAACCUCUCCGAGAGUGGUCCACUUAGCCGGAAGAUGCUCUUAAAGAGGUUAUCAAGAGGUUUUGAUGUAUUAAUCAGUUUUAUUGCGAGUUUUAUAAAAUUGGUCAUGAAGAUCUCUUGUAGAGCCGAACAAAUCUUAAAAUGUUACUUGGGAUAUGUCGUCAUUCCAAUAGGGCACUGCAUGAAAUUCACUCCUUCUCUUUCACUCUUACAGAAAUUUUGUAAACAACAAGGCCAAGAAACGUCAAAAUCCCAUACAAAAUCAAAACAAUGCAGUGCCCUAUAGCAACUGUCAAAGACUCCCAAAAUCAGCUGACUUGAUCGUCCAAUUUGACCAUCUCGCUGUUCCAACGUUUAUACGGUCCAGGUGCAUUUUCGACUUCGCGUUUUCUCGUAAUCCGGAAGUCUAAAAUGCUACUCGAUGUUUAUCACGAAUGAGCAAGCAUUGAAUGGCAAUUCCAGCGCUGUGUUGUUACCAUCUACCCCCGUUGGUUUGACCGACACCUCAUGCAAACCAACGACACAGACAAACAGGCGUAACACCUUGAACGAUUUUCAUGGAAAUCCAUCGCCCAGUUCACACUACCAUCACCUGGUGGAAAAGUUGCACGAAUCUCUGUGUUGUGCCAUAUCGUCAACAGAAGGCGCUAGUGUGAAACGUCAAACGCAUAGGAUAACUAUGCGCGCGCCUCUGGUUGUGAAAGCCACAACUAUGAAAAUUUAAAAUGAUCGUUAAAAGCGUGGUCGAUGGAAAUUUCGCAAGUGUUACGUCUGUUUGUCUGUGCCAACGGGGUUCAUUUUUUAAUUUGAACUUCUAGUAACCCUGUGGGCAUCGAAAAACACACUUAUGGUAACCUUUUUUGCUGUUUUGUUUUGAUUCUGCGUUCCGUUUCACCCCGUUCCAUGAGCAGAAUGACGUUUGAACCUUUUCUAGUUUGAACGUUGUUUAGAUUAGCGGGAGUCAAAUUAAAAAGUGUGCAGAUUAGAUGCGGUAAACCAACAAGGGUAGACGGUUUAACACAACUAUAGGACGACGGCAUCUAUGCUUUCGGUAUUUGCAGGGCAGCCAUUGUGAAGGCCAUCUUUGGAUUCGCUCAUAAAUGCCCUUAAGGUAUCCCUGGAGGAAUAUGAGUAGACAUUUCUGGAUAUUUGUGGAGGAAUCGAUGAAAACUCCUAGGAAGAAUCAAUAGAGAAAUCCCACGUGAAAUUCUAGGAGGAAUCCUGUAGGCUGUGGGAUUCUCGUAAGGAAUCCCAAGACUUAUACCAAGUAUCAUGGAGUAGGAAUUCCUGCAGAUAUUCAGAGAGAAAUCCUUGGAAAACCCCCAUAGAAACUCCAGGAAAAAUCCCAGGAAAAGUCUCAGGAAGAAUCCCAGAAAAUUCUCUCAAAGUCUGAGAGAAAGAAUCCCCAGAACGUCGAAAGGUGUUUCGGAAGAAAUAUCUGAAGAAAUCUCACAAAAAAUCAUUGUACAAAUCCCCCAAGAAGUCUUCGUAGAAAUUUGUAGAUUAAUUUACUAAUACCGGAAGAAUUGGAGGAAUCCUGCAUGGUAUUCUUGAAGUGAUUCAGGGUGGAAUCCCGGAAGAAUCUCUGUAGUAAUCCCGGCAGGAAUCCCGAAAGCUAUCCUUGGAAGAAUACUUGGAGGAACUCCUAGGUCACUUCCUGGGGGAAUCCCAGGAGGAAUCUUGAAAGCAAUCCCUGGUUAAUCCACAGAGGAAACCAUUCAGGAAAGCUGGAAGGAAUUCCGGCAGAUAAUUCACGAAAAAACUCUGGAGAAUUGCCGAAAGAAUUUCGAGAGGAAUCACGGAAAAGUUCUCAGAAUAAAUCUCGGAAGGAAUGACGAGGGAAAUCCUGGAGAAAUCCCUGGAUAAAUUAUAGUAGAACUCGGAAAGGAAUUCCUAGAGUUAUACUGGGUGGAAACGCAGGAGCAAUCUCCGUAGAAUUUUUGAGAUAUAUCCUUUGAGAAAUUUCAGGGAACUCCGAAAGAAAUCCUAGGAGGAAUUCUUGAAAAAAAAAUCAAAAGAAAUCACGAAAAAUCUCCAAAAAUUGCUUAAAGAAUCCUUGUGAGAAUUUUAAGAAUUUUAGUAAUUUUAAGUAAAAAUUCUUAAAAUUUUUCUGAAAGAUCUCCGAAAGGACCCAAGGAGAAAUCUCUAGAGGAAACCCAACAAGCAUUCCGAGAGAUUUCCAGAGCAUUUCUGGAAGAGCCUAGGAGGAAAUCCUUUGAGGAAUCUCUGGAAUAAUCACCAGAAGAGUUCUUGCAGAAAACCCGGAAGGAACUUCGGGGACAAAAUCGCAGUGAGAUCUCAGAAAAAUAUUCAGAAGGAAUCUUGAAUGAAGUUCCGGUAGCCUUAGUCCUAAGUAGCAAUUUCUGGAUUAAUUCCGGAAAGCAUUCCUAGAAUGUUCCCAAGUAGAAUCCCAGAAGAAAUCACUGGAGGAAUCCAAACAGAACUCUCGAGAAAUAUUCUUGUUGAAAUCCCUGGGUUACCCUUCGGAUGAACUACAGGAAAAACUUCGGGUAGAAAUCCAUGAAAAAUUCCUAUAUAAAUUUCAGGACGAAUCCAUUAAAAAUCUCAUGAAACUCCUGGAAGAAUUCCUGGAGAAAUCUUUGAAACUUUUCCAAAUAAAUUUCAGAAGAAAUCCCGGCAAAAUCUCCGAAGAAAUGCCGAAAGAAACUUGAAAAGAAAUCGUUGGAAAAAUUUUAAAAGAAAUUCCAUGAAAUUGGUGGAUGAACUCCGGAAGGAUUUCCUAUCCCGAGUGUUAUUCCAGAAUAAAUCUCUGGUGGUAUCCCAACAAGAAUUCCGAGAAAUUUCCAGAGAUUUUUUGGAAGAGUUUCGGAAGAAAUCUUUUGAGAUAUCUCUGGAAUAAUCGCCAAACGAAACUAGAACUAGAUACUAGAAAAGACGAAGGAAUUUUGGAAGAAAUUCCUAAAAGAAUUCCUGGAGAAUCCCCGAAUAAAUUCAUGGAGUCCUGAGGAAAAUCCUUGGAUGAACUGAGGUAGCAAAUCCUGGAAAUUUCCGGAAGGAAUCCCUUAAGUGUUUCCUGGUGGAAUCUCAGGAGACAUCUCUGGAGAAAUCCAAACAGGACUCCCGAGAAAUAUCCUUGGAGAAAUCUUUGGAAGAAUUUCUCGAAAAAUUCCGGAAAAAUCCCUGGUAGAACUUCUGAAAAAAAUCCCAGAAUAAAUUUCAGGAGGAAUCCUAGAAAAAUUCUCCGAAGAAAUCUCGGAAGAAAUGCUAAAAAAAAACCUUUCUGGGAAUUUCUGGAAAAGUUUCAGCGAAAAUUUCCGAGAAAAAAAACUAGAGGAACUCCGGCAAGAAUCCCAACAGAGAUCUCCGAAGGAAUCCUGGGAAAUAGCCUUGAGAGAAUCGCUGAUAUAACUCCUCGAAGAUUUCCGGGAGAAAUCCUUGGAGAACCCCGAAAGAAAUUUGUGAUGAAUCUCAGGAAGAAUUUUUUUAAGAAAUCCGGGAAGAAAUGCCGAGAGAAAUCUUUAGAGAAUCUCUUGAAGAGUUUUGAUAUUCCUGACGAACUUCUGGAGGAAUUCGGUAGGAUAAUUUUGAUAGAAAUUUCUGCAGAAUUCGUGGAGGAAUUCCUGAAAGAAUCCUAAAAAAUCUCGGAGUGGUUUUGAAUGAAUUCUCAGGAAAAAAAAUCCGAAUAAAACACUUGGAAAAUUUUAGGAAAAAAUCUUCGGAUGGAAUCCCUGUAAUAAUCCCAUGAAGAAUCCUUGAAAAAAUCCCAGGUGGCGAAAUCAAAAAAAAAAUCUCAAGAUAUUUCAGAAGAGAUUUUUGGAUGAAUAUAAGUUUAUAAGCAAUUUCUGGAAAAUUUCUGAGUAAAUUCCAGAAGAAAUCCCUAGAGUGCCUCCCAAGAAAUAUUCUUGGAGAAAUCCUUGAAAGAACUUCUGGAUGAAUUCUGAAAGAAACUCCGGGAACACUCUUUAAAGAAUCCCGGAAAAAAUUGGAAGAAAUUAAAGAUAAAUUCUCCAAAUAAAUGCUGAAAGCAAUCUUUGGAACAGUUUUAGUAAAAUUCACGAGGAUCUCCGGUAGAAUCUCAGGAGAGAUCUCGGGAAAGUCCCGUACCGAGAGAAAGCCGUUCGGGAAUCCCUGAUUCCAGGAGAAAUCUUUGGAGGGAUCUCAGUGAUAUUCACGAGAAGAUGCAAGCUUUAAGGAAAAGCCGAAUUGAAUUCUAGGAGAAACCCCGAGAGAAAUCCUUGGACAACCGUUAAAGAACUUCGAGAGGAAUGCCAAGAAAAAUCGCAGCAAAAUUCUCUUAAGAAAUCUGGGAAGAAAUUUCGAGAAAGAUCUUUGGAAAGUCCUUGGAAGAUUUUUUCUAGAAAUUCCUGCAAAAUAUCCUAGAGGAGUUCCUGGAGUAGUUACUGGGAGAAUUGCGGAGUGAUUUCGGCUGAAUUCUCAGGAAAAUAAAUCCGGGCAGAACGCCUGGAAGAGUUUUGCAAGAAAUCUUUGGAUGAAAUCCAAAGGAUUUGGAUGAAAGUAGUCUCAUGAAGAAAGCUUGCAGAAAAUCCGUAGGAUAUCUCUUGAGGAAUACCUGAAGAAUUCUCAGAUUUUAGGCUAAGUUCCAGAGAAAAUUCUCAGAAAAGAUCUGGAUGAAUUCCAGUAGCAAUUUCUGGGAAUCUUCUGAAUGAAUCCUGGAAGAAAUUCCCCCAAAGAGAGUUCUCGGAUGGAGUCCCAAGAGAAAUCUCUGGAUGAAUCCAAACAGGACUCCCGAAAAAUUUGAGAAAUCAUUGGAAGAACUCGGAAUAAAUUCGGGAAUUCCAGAAAAAAGAUCUCGGGAGAAAUCUCGGAAGAAAUACUGAAAGCAACCUUGGAAGAAAUCUCUGCAAUAGGUUUAGUAGAGAUUCCUCAAACAUUUCUUAAGGGUCUCCGGAUGGCAUCCCAAGAGAGAUCUCGGAAGGCUUCCCGAGAGAUAUUCUCGAAGAAAUCCCUGAUAGAACUCAUCAAAGAAUUUCGGGAAAAAUCUUUGGAGGGAUUUCUCGAAUAAUCUCGAAAAGUGGCAAACUUGGAAAUUCUUGGAAAACCCCGAAAGACCUUCGUGAGAAGUCCCAAGAAGCAUGGCAGGAAUAAUCCCUGAUGAAAUCGGGAAGGUAAUGCCGAGAGAAAUCUUUGGUGAAAUCCCUGAAAGAGUUUUAAAACAGAUUUCUGAAGCAUUUCUGGAAGAAUUCGGUGGAAUAGUUUUAAUUGAAAUUUCUGCAGAAUUUCCUUGCAGAAAAGCCAGAGGAAAUACCGGAAGGCUGACGAAUUCCCGAAGAAAUCUCGGGUGAAAUCCCAUAAAAAUUCUCUAAAAAAUCUCAAAAGUGAUAACUUGAGCAAUAUCUUCAGAAAUCUCUGAAGAAAUUCUGAUAGAAAUUUUUGAAAAAUUUCUUCCAGAAUUUCAGAAAAGUGACUUCAGCAGGAAUCUCUGGAGCAAUCCUGAGCAUUAGCAUUAGCAUUAGCAUUAAGCGAGUCGCACAAAUUCGUAGGUGGUACAGUCCUAGACCGCUGUUAUGAGGGUUGCCUCCUUCCCGUCCGAACCAAAGCACAAAGAUUUGGGACUAAUCUCUGACUCUUAGACAAGACUGACGCAAUCCUCCAAUGGUCGAACACUGUCCUGGCCACGUCCUUGCGACUGCUGAGGGAUGGGGAAGGAUGGUUAGUUUUGGACACCUAUGAAAAAUGUAGACAACUCUACGAUCUCUCAGGCCUAGGUGUCACGGGACUUUGGGUGUUGUUAGUGGAAGGGUACACUCCAAAGAAUACGCUUGGUCAACGUGCAGGCACACCACGGUAAGUCUUCUUCGAAUCAGUUGUCUGCCCGAUUCAUCAUGGCUUCCUCGUCGUCUUGAUGGCAUUUGGUUGAAUUACUAGAUUCUUCGGUUGAUAAUCUGAAAUAUAAAAUAAUAUUAACAGCGUACGUCAAAUAAGCUACAUAUUAGUGAUACGCUCGCCACAGUUACAUAUUUUUACAAUAUUAUUUAUAUCAUGCGAUAAAUUUUCCUCAAACCUGCUGAAAUAAAAUGUUGAUUAGCAGUACAUUUAAACAAAAUUAACUACAAAACACAAAAAAGCAUCAAACUUUGAUCUUGGAAUAUUUAUAAAUACGGUAAAUAUCAAGAUCAAAAUUUGAUUUGGUAGAUCUUACACCGCAACGCACCAUUCUAAGGUGAUCUACCCACGUUACGGGUUGGAAUCUCUGGAGCAAUCCUGAGAGUUAUUUAAGCAGAAAUCCCUUGAUCAAUUUCUUUGGAAGAAAAGAAAAGCUGGGAGAAAUUCCGGAACAAAUCUCGGGAACAAUCUAUAGAGAAUCCCAGAAGAAAUUUCUGGUGAAAUCCUAGAAAAAUUCUCUCAACACAUCUCGGAAGAAAUUCCGAGAAUACAGAAAUUCUAGUAGAAAUUUCCGAAAAAACUGAAGAUUUCCUGAAGUUAGGAAUUUCAGAAAAAUCUCUGGAGUAAACCCGAAGGAUAAAUUUGCAGGAAUCCCUGGAAGAACUCUGGAAAAAUCUUGGAAGCAGAUUUUGGACAAGAUUUUGGAGAAAUCCCUGGAAUAAUCACAAAAAGAAUCAUUGCUUGCAGAAAAGCUGGAUGGAAUUCCGGUGGAAUUCGGUAGAAACCUUUGGAGAAUCCCUGAAAGAAUUUUGGGUGAAAUCCCAGAAAAUUUUUUUCAAUAAAUCUCGGAAGGUAUACCGAGAGAAAUCUCUGUAGAAAUUUCAGUAAAACAUUCUGAAAAAAAAAUCUAGAAGAAUUCUUGAAGGAAUCCUGUGAUCUUGGGAGAAAUUCUAGGAAAUAUAUCUGGAGGGAUCUCGAGAGAUAUAUUUGCAGGGAUCCCUGGAAGAACUCCUAGAUGAAUUUCUCUAGAAGAAUCUAGGGUGAAAUGAUUGCAGAAAUUUCUGUAAUAAUCACAAGAAGAAUCUUUGCAGAAUAGCUGGAAGGAGUUCCGGAAGAAAUCCCGGGUGGAAUCUCUGGAAAAUCCCAGAAGGAGUUUCGGGCGAAAUCCCAGAAAAGUUCUCUCAACAAAUCUUGGAAAGAAUACCGAGAGAAACCUUUUCAGGGAUCUCUGAAGAAAUUCUAGUAGAAAUUUCUGAAAAACAUCUGAAAGGAACUCCUAAAGGAAGCACUGGAGCGAUCUCGACAGGAAUUUCUGGAAAAAUCUAUGGAGUAAUCCCGAUAAAUAAAUUUGCAGAAAUUGCUGAAAGAACUUCUGGAUAAAUUCCUCUGGAAUAAUCUAGGGAGAAAGCUCUGGAGAAUCCAAGCAGGAAUUUCUCUCAACAAAUCUUGGAAGGAAUACCGAGAGAAAUCUUUCCGAGAAUCUGUAAAAAUUCUAGUAGAUUUUUUUGAAAAAAAUCUGAAUGAAAUCGUAAAAACUCCUUGCAGCGAUCUCGGAAGAAAUUCUAGGAGAAAUCUCUGCUGCAAUCUCCAGUGAUAAAUUUGCAGGAGUUCCUGAGAAAACUCGAGGAUGAAUGCCUCUGGAAGAAUCUAGGGAUAAAUCUUAGUAGAAAUCUCUGGAAUAAGCACGAGAAGAAUCCUUGCUUGCAGAAAAGCUGGAAGGAAUACCGAGAGACAUCUUUUCAGGAAUCUCUGAAAAACCGUUGUAGAAAUUUCUAAAAAAAAUCUCGAAGAAUUCCUGAACGAAUUCCUGGAGUACUCUCGGGAGGAAUUCCAGGGCAAAUCCCAUGAGGGAUCUUGAGAGAUAUAUUUGCAGGGAUCCAUAGAAUCUCUGGAAGAACUUCUGGAUGAGUUCCUCUAGAAGAAUCUAGGGAGUAAUCUCUGAAAUGGUCACUAGAAGAAUCCUUCCAGAAAACCUGGAGAAAAUUCUGGAAGAAACUUCGGAAGGAAUCUUUGGAGAAUCCUAGAAGGAAUUUUGGCCGAAAUCCCAGACAAAAAAAAUCUCAACAAAUAUGAGAAGGAAUACCGAGAGAAAUUUUCCUAGGAUCCUCGGUAGAAAUUCAAGGAGAAAUCGGUGGAGCAAUCCUGAGAGAUAAUUUUGCAGGAAUCCCUGCAAGAACUCCAGGAUGACUUCCUCUGGAAGAAUCUAGGAAUAAAUCUUUGGAGAAGUUCUGGAAGAAUACCUGAAAGAAUUUCUGGAGUCAUCUUGGGAGGAAUUCUGGAAGAAUCUGUGGAGCAAAUCCGAGAGAUAAAUUUUUAGGAAUCCCUGGAAGAACUCCUUGAUGAAUUCCUCUGAGGGAAUCUAGGGUGUAAGCCUUAAAAUACUCACAAGAUAGAUCCUUGCAGAAAAACUGGACGGAUUUCCAGAAGAAACCCCAGAAGAAAUAUCUGAAAAAUCGCUGAAGAAGAUAUCCCAAGAAGAGUCACAGAAAAGUUUUCUCAAGAAAUCUUUGUAUAAAUAGAUAGUAUAAAUUAACAAAAAAAACAAGAAGUAUUCCUGAAGGUACACCGAGAGUGAUCUAGGAAUGGAUUCCUAGAACCAUUCGAGAAAUCGUCGAAGGAAUCCCUGGAAUAAUCUCAAGAAGAAACGUUCCAUAAAAACCGGAAGGAAUUCUUGUAGAAAUUCCUGUAAAUCUCCACAGAAAUUUCAGAAGAAAGUCCAGAAAAAUUCUCUGAAGAAAUAACAAACCUGUUUUUUAGAAAUCCCUGAAAUAAAAACAAUUUUGUGAAAUUUUCUGGAGAAACCACGGGAGGAAUCAUAAUGAAAGAAUCCCAGAAUGAUCUCGGGUGGAGUCUGAAGUAAAAUCGCUGGAGAACCCAGAGGAAUCCUGGAAAAAGAAACACCACCUGAAGGUAGGCUAUCGAUGCCAACCUCCCAGAUUUAGCUAGAUUUUCGAGGUCUCAAUUCACAAAAAUCUGGUAGAUCCAGUCAUUUUUUUUUUCCUGGAGUUUGUAAGGUUUUGCACGGAAUUUAUAAGGUGGCUCGUUAAGUUGUCGUAGUUUGUCGACUCAAUUACUCAACUUUCGGUAAUAAGCCACUUUUUGACCUUCCGUACCGAACUGUCUGUGGAAAUCCGUCGUUUGCCUGCUGAUCCAAGCUGGAGAAAUCGGCGAAAAUGGGACUUACCUGAAAAAUGGUCCGAUCCCUUCGCGCUGUUGAUCACUUAUGACCACGACCAGAGACGUGUCGACUCGGCGCCCCAGCUUUGUCGGCGCCGUGCCCCGAAACGAUGAAUGCCGAAUGAUGCUUUUAUUCUGUUCUGUUGGUAAUGCUUGUGGGGAUGUGCAUGCAAAUGAACAUCGCGCUCCCACACUGUCAAAGUUGGCGGGUUGUUUUGCUCUUCACUCUUUGACAGCUGUCAAAUGUCAGACCAGUUUCGAAAACUAUAUGCCCUUUCAUUUCUUUAGCAUUCAUUGACAAUAGCUCUUUAGAAUUUUUUUUUCUUUGCCCAUGGUUGAACAUUGCCGUUAGAAAAACAAAAGCGGUUGCACUGACACUUGUUCUUCGCGAUUAUUUAUAACCUUCCCUCACUAUUUUUCACCACAAAUUGCAAAUGUUGUACAAACACGGCCGCCAUUUUUAUUUGUUGUAUAGUUUUGUCAGAAAACGAUUAAAAGCUUAACCGAAAACAAACACUUUUCAUUUACGCGCGAGGAAAAUCCGCCAAAAGCAACCCAAAAUGAAAUUUGACGAGUCUCAAAAGAAAGCUGAAAACGCGCGAAACGCAGAGAGCCAGCUAGAGAGGAAAUUCUUGUGUACAAACAGUAACUAAAAACAAACUGAUGAAAACGGAAAAUCUACUAAGAAGAAAUUAUUAGAUAAACGAACACGGAGGGAGCGAUGGAUGGUUGGACGAGUUCGGUUUGAAUCGGCCGAAAGAUUCGAAAAUAAGAGUAGAUUAAAACUCUCCCCCUCCCCAACACACACACACAUACAAAAUGCCAAUACUUAGCGAUUAGUUGAUGAUGGAGAAAACAGAGAUCGUUUUUUUUUGUUUGAAAAUUUAUGUAAGAAAACGAUGAUAGGGAAAGAAGUAAACAGAGUCCCGUGUUUUGAUUUCUUAUUUUUCAUUCAGUUUAUUUAUUUUAAAUCUUAAUCGGUAGCUUUUAGAGAGGAACUCACAGUCGUGAGUGGCCACAGAAGGAGAAGAAGGAGGAGGAGAGAUUUUUGUUGUUUUGCCACGCCCACCUGCUUUAGACGAAUGGAAGUGAGAAUAGGACGAAGUAAAGGAGGCAACCCAGAUAUUAUAUAAUUCGAUUUAUUAGAAGAAGAUUAUCAGAAGACAGAGAGAGAGAGCGAGACAGGUAGAAGAGAGAAGGCGCUUUUUUAAUAUUGAUGAUUAUUUUCGUUCGAAAUAGUGUUAAAAUCUGAAGCAAGAUUUUUCUUUAAACGAUAUCGUGGAAAAAAGAAGGUUCAUUUUGAUCUCCCUAGUUAGUCAAAUGCAUUACACAAACACUGUAAAGCAAUCAGAGCGAACGCAGACAAGUUUAUUUUCUUUAUUUUGUUUCGUACUAUAAUUGAAUUAGAGAAAAAGAAAAACAGAGAUAUAAGGGAACAGCUGUAAUAUUAACCCCUGCAAGUAUGCAAACACACAAAAACAAAGUAAUCGAGACAAAUAACGCUGAAAGUCGCAAACACACUCACACACACUCACUCACAAGGAAGUCAACACACGCUGACUGAGACAGAGAGCGAUACAAUGAUAGAGAAAGGGCUUCAUCUUCUGUGAAGAAUGAGGCUUCGAAUGACGAUCUUUGAGCGAGAAAAAACAGAUUUGACUAGCGGAACACAAACCACACCUACACAACCGAGAAAACCAAGCAAAGCAAAGCAAAUCCCCUGUAAAUAGUUUUGAGAGGAAAUGUUGUGGAAAGUCGUAUAAAGCAAAUUGAUUCAUUAAGAAACAGAGAAAAACGAGUUCAUUUUAGAUAAGCACCUACAGCAGUAAAAACACGUCAAGAGUUAUUGAACAGAGAUCCUUUUUAGUUAAUGACUAAACUUAACGUUUAAAUUAAUGACCUCGUUUUUCGGUUUUUGGUUUUUUCUUUCUGAAACUCUUGUGUAUUGUUGAAACUCGAACGUGGAUAUGUACAUUCUUUAGCGCCCCUUGUUCUUACAAAAGCAAACGUAAUUUGCAGCAAUAAGGUUUUUUUCUUAACUACAGGAAUACAAUGCAUAGCCCAACUGCAGAACCAUCGUUCAAGCAUCCGAUAUAUACAUACCAGACAACCAAGCAAGCAACACUAAGUUUACACUUGAAUACAUUACCGCAAUCAACCAGACACGAAACACGCAUACACAGACACACAACACACAUUCAAUAAAUCACAAUCAUACCAACUCAGAUCAAAACAGGAAAGUAGCAAACCUUCAACUGUUUAAUUUAAACGCAAAUACAGCCACAACAGCAGCAAACAAUACUACUGAAACAGAGAAAAGGAAGAAUUUAAAAGAAUCAAAAAAGAGAAAACAAACUACAGAUAAAAGAAAUCUUUAAACAUUAGCUAAGCAUACGUAUAAGUAAGACAAUUGCAGAAUAAAAACACAACUCAAACAGAAACGACAGAAUCAGCCGGAUCACAAUAAUAAACAAGCAAAAAACAAAUACAAAACCCAUAGAACAAUAUCAGACCGUGUGUGUGCAAAACCACACCACUACUGCAAUUUCGGACGAGCUGGAACAAUCUUAACACAAACAUAUGUGGAGAUCCAACUCGAGAACGAUGAAAAAUGAUGAGGAAAAUGAGAGGUGAUGAGAACGAAGAAAAAGUGAGUUUCUGAAUAAACUGAUGGAAAAUUCUUGAAAA